AUGAAUCAAUCUUCUAAUAGUGGAAAUAAACAAAAUCAAAUUGAAAAAUAUUCAACAUUAUUUAAUGAUGAAAAUAAUCAUUCAAUUUAUAAUGGUACAUCAUUAUCUUUACAAUCAUUUGUAGAUGAUAUACCAUUUGAAUUUAAUCAAAAAUAUCGAACUAUUAUUGUUUCUAAUAUAAAUAUUCCUGAAUAUGAUACAACUAAAAUUCGUAAUAUUCUUGCUAAACCGAUCGAUUUUACAUUAGAAAACAAUGUUUUAUUAGAAGCUUUAGAAGAUUUAAAACGUAAAAAGAAAGAAAUUCAAGAAGAUAAUUUACGUCAACAAGCAACUUCACUUUCAGCAGCAGUUACAACUAAUUGUCAAACAACAAGUUCGGUAUCGAUUUCAUCAAAUACUCUAUCUGAAAAUAUUUCUUUUCCUGUAACUCUUCCACCGGUACCUCCACUAACGCAUAUACCAAACACUCAACCUACGCUACAUAUACCGAUUCCUGUCACAUCAUUUUCAGUAGCAGCUGCUCCUCCUCCACGGCCACCACCUCCAACAACAAAACCUUCUAUUUCACCAUCAUAUCGUCUACCUUCUGUACGUGAUAUAUAUUGGCCAACCGGUAAUCAACAACAAUAUAUUGUUCCUAUUAGUGGUCCAUCAACAUUAACAUCGAAUGCAUUAAAUUUACCAACGCCAAUUCGUUCAACAAAUUCAUCGCCUAGUUCAGUCACACAAAAUAAUCAGUCAUUUAAUAACUGUGAUUCAAUAGCUGCUAUGGAUUUAACUGCGACAUUUGAUGAAACAUUGGGUUCUGAUGAUCCUUUUCAUGAUGCUGAACUAAAAUCAUUGAAUGAUGUUGCUGAAUUAAGACAUUUAUAUUCGGCUAUUGGCUCAGCCAAUACUGUUCGACGAUAA